AUGAAUAUUGGUGGUGGAGGAGGAGGUAUAUCGUUUGUAGGCUCGUGGAUCAUUUCGGUGUUGUCAUCAAUUUCCGUCUCAUUUAGUGGCUCAAAGCGGUUUGGCGUGGUAAAGGCAGAAUUAGUGUCAUUUGAAAUUUUUGGCUCUUUGGAUGUAGGCGAAUGGCCAGGCGAAGAUAGGCGCUUGCUUUGUUUGGUUUUCCACGGGGUGGCACCAACUUUGUCACCUUCGUUAGAUUUAAGAAUGCAUAGAGCUGGUUUAUCUAGUAGUUUAUUAUUAGAUUUUGCUGCCUUCAAAGUUGUCGGCCGUGAUAUAAUAUUGUUCUGGACGGGUGUACGUAAUGAGCUGUUGUUUUUAUUAGAGGACGUGGACUUUGGUUGCGUCGGCAUAUUCGACGCCGGUGUAGAUAACGACCUGCGGUCUGUAAUUUAA